AUGUUUAAGUACCGGAUCCGCAUGUUUUUCAAUGAACUGAAAGUGCUGGCACGGCUGCGGUCCGGAUCCAGGGGGAGGACCGACACUGACACCGAUCCAGACAGACGCACGAGAAUGCGCGGGCUCGGCGUGGGAGGCUGCGGCUGCCCCCCUUUGGACUGCUCUGACCGGGACGAUGAGGAGGAGUACUAUGGUGCUGACCCCCGGCCGCGGAGCCUGGCGUGUGCGGAGAGGGACGCCAAACUCCAAGCGGGCCUGGACGCUUCACUCCCCAGCCUCGCAGAGAGCGGCAUGCGCUCGCCGCAGUGCCGGAUCUGCUUCCAGGGGCCUGAGCAGGGGGAGCUGUUGAGCCCCUGUCGCUGUGAUGGCUCUGUGCGCUGUACACAUCAGGCUUGCCUUAUCCGCUGGAUCAGUGAGAGAGGCUCCUGGAGCUGUGAACUCUGCUACUUCAAAUACCACGUUCUGGCCAUCAGCACCAAGAACCCACUGCAGUGGCAGGCCAUCUCUCUGACUGUGAUUGAGAAGGUCCAGAUCGCUGCCAUCAUCCUGGGCUCAUUGUUCCUUGUCGCCAGUAUCUCCUGGCUGGUCUGGUCCUCCUUCAGCCCCUCGGCCAAGUGGCAGCGCCAGGAUCUGCUCUUCCAGAUAUGUUACGGCAUGUACGGCUUCAUGGACAUCGUGUGUAUAGGCCUUAUAAUUCAUGAAGGAUCCUCUGUUUACCGGAUCUUUAAGCGCUGGCAGGCGGUGAACCAGCAGUGGAGAGUACUGAACUAUGAGAAAGCUCAGGACUUGGGUGAGCCCAUCAGUCCCAGCAGGAAGGGUGCCGGCCCCAGCGGGAGGCUCCCUCCUCAUGGCUCCACUGUCCCAGGAGGCGGAGGGCCGAGUCGCCAUGUCAGGACUCCUCUCAACCACCACUGUGGCUAUACGAUUUUGCACAUCCUCAGCCAGUUAAGAGCCAGUGGUCCACAUAUCAGCACCAACGACGAGGUGGUCAUGAGGGUGACCACCGUGUGA